GAUGCUGUCAUUGUGUCCUUGGUUGGGCAAGACACCAUCGCUUCUGUCAGUGAUCCUUAAGGACUAUGGUGAUCCCCUUCAACCACACGGUCACCAUAUCUGCUACAUUGUAGCUAGCUCUUCGCCACCAGGGUGUGACUGUGUGCGCUGUUAAAUGACUGAUUGAUUGCGUAAGGCGCCUUGGGGGGUUCUAGAACUGUAGAAGGCGCUAUAUCAAAUACAGACCCUUACCUCGUUUCAGUUAAAAUAUGACCUGGUCUCUCACCAACAACACAUCUAUCUGUGGGUGGUUGAAACCACAUGGAGAAACUUGUGAUUGUUGUCCAGAGGAAACCUGCAGAGUGAGACCUCGUCACUUCCAGACCCUCUUAGCUACAAAUCGUUCUACUACGUCAAGUCGUCCGGUCCGCUCGGUGAAGAUGUCUGCGACGGGCUCAGGCGGACCGGGGCCGGGGACCGGGCCCAGCUCAGGUUCUGGGUCCGGGGCCUCAAACCCCCGAAAGUUCAGCGAGAAGAUAGCGCUUCAUACCCAGCGGCAGGCCGAGGAGACCGCCGCCUUCCAGGAGGUGAUGAUGGACAUCACGUCGACCAGACUGCAGGCUCAGAAGCUCCGUCUUAACCGGACCCAGGGGCCGUACUACAGCGGGUCGUUACCCAACGUCAACCAGAUCGGCAGGAACCCUCAGGACUUCCAGGGGUCCUUCCAGUCCAAUCUGGAGUCCAAUCGCUUGACUCGACAUCACGGUCUCGUGGAGCGGGUCCAGAGAGACCGCCGCUUCAUCUCUCCUGGUCGACCGUAUCGAAGUCGCCAAGUGGACAACUCUCUGUACAACCCAGCCUACCUGUCCCCACCGCCUGACGCUACCUGGAGAAGGAAUUGGUCUGGAAACUUCCCUGGAGAUAAAAGCCAGUUGUUUCGUCUCCCCACCACUGCACUGAACAGAACAAACUCUGACUCUGCCCUCCACACCAGCGUUAUGAACCCCCCCAUGGGAGACCCCUUCACCAUGGGAGGACCCACCCUCACUCCCCAGAACAGCAGGCUCAGUGGUCAGAGCGACGGGGAGAGUCGAAGAAUGUUCCCAUACCCAGUUCCUCCCAUUGAAGAGAAUGUUCUGGAUGAAGGCAAGCUGCUGAAGCCCUGGGAUUCCACCAAGCUGCCUCUGUUGUCGUCCAGACCGAGGUCGUGUGAAGUUCCAGGCAUCAAUGUUUUUACGCCCCCGGAGCAGCCGUCUACACCUGUCCAAGGCGCACCCCCUGUCCCCAACACUGGUGGCUCGCUGCCCGACCUGUCCAGCCUCCACUUUCCCUCCCCACUGCCAACGCCGCUGGACAGGGAUGAGCCUGGUUACCCAGGAUCCUCUGCUGUGAGUGGUGGCAGCAGCACAGGGAACCUGGCCUCCACUCUGACCCAGCUGGGCAUCAACGCACCUGGAAGCAGCAGCAGCUUCCACCAGCCAUCAGCAGGACUCCUGGCGUCUCUACAGAGCACCCUCAGCAACCCCAACCUGCAGUCGUCACUAAGCAACCCCAACAUCCAAUCGUCACUCAGCAGUCAUUCUUUUUCCAACUCUCUAAGCUCCGCCUCCCUGCAGUCGUCGCUAAGCAACCCAUCACUGCAGUCAUCACUCAGCUCCUCCCCCUCCCUGCCGUCCUCCCUCAGCAGCCAAUCACUGCACUCGUCCCUCAGUAACUCCUCCCUCCAGUCUGGCAAUAGCUAUAGCGGAGUGGGCGGGGUAGGUUCAGGCUCCUACACACCAAUGCUCACCGGUCAGGGCCAGCCAUCACUCAGCACGUCGCCACGGAGACGAGCCCAGCUGUUACCCCUCAUCCUGCCUGUGGGAGGAGAGUCACGGAGGCAUCACUCCAAACAGUUCUCCCCCACCAUCUCCCCCACUCUGUCCUCCAUAUCUCAGGGCAUCCCGCUGGACACCAGUAAGCUGCCUCUGGACCAGCGUCUCCCCCCUUACCCACUUAGCCAGUCCCACCAGCACCAGCCACUCCCCAGCCUCGCUGGUUCUCAGCCUGGUCAGCAGCUGUCUCCUCUGGGUCAGCAGCACCACCAUCAUCACCAGCAACAGCCGCUCCACCUGCAGCAGCCUCGAUCCACCACCCAACAGCAGCAGCUUCACCUGCAGAACCUGCGGAACCAGAACCUGCAGCAGCACUUUGGAACAUCACAGAGGUCCAUGGUACCACAGGUGAACUCUCCUGUGAAGGCUGAGACCAGGUUUGAACCAUGUGUCCAGACGUCCUCUCUGUGUCACGUCAAACAGGAAGUGGAGCAGCAGCAACAGGCUGGCAGCCUCCACCAGCAGCAGCACAUCAACCUGACCUCCGACUUUUACAAUGAUGCGCUGCUCAGCUCACUGCUGGACGACUCAUAUCUCAGUCUGCAGCUGUCAGAGAAAUCCAACCAGCAGUUCUUAGCUGAUAACCAGGCUGAUGUUCUGUCUCUGAACCACGUCGACCUGAGCAGCAGCACCACUGACAAGAACCAGUUCCCUUCGAACAACCAUGGGAUGCUGGAUCUGCAAGGGCCCGGGAACCCGCAUCUGCUCAACAGUCAGAACUACUGCUCCGAAGAUGGCCGACACAACGUACCCAAUAUCAUCCUGACAGGUGACUCUCCCACAGGUCUGUCCAAAGAGAUUGCCAGCGCUCUGUCCCACGUCCCUGGCUUUGAGAUGGACCCUUUCUCUCUGGAUGAGCAGCUCAGGAUGGACCCGCUGUCCCUAGACAUGUUGGAGGGCGACCUUAUGCUGGCUGACCCAGCUGUGGAGGACUCGUUCCGGUCCGACCGGCUCAAGUGACCCUGGUGAACAAAUCGUGACCUCGUGUGGAGGUGGAAAGGUCAUCGGCCCCCAAACCCCACCCCAACCAGCCAAUGUGCAGAGUGGGGUGUGUGAGCAGCUCUUCGUCAGUGAUGAUGAUGAGGAUGAAGAAAUCUCUGACAGGAGGGGAUGGGGAUGGGGGCGGGGCCUAUCAGAGGCUCUGCUAGCGCUUGUUUCUUGGCAUUAGCUUGUUUGUGUCUUAUCUGCAUGCUGACCAACAUGCAGGAGUGCCGGUCAAAGGUCAUGUGGGCUUUAUGUAAAAACCAGCAGCGCUUGAGCAGCAUUAUGCAUGUUGAUGUGCACGGAGUGUGUCCUAAGUUCAAAGGUCGCUCUGCUGCAUCAGCCAACUUACAGGAACUCAGCCAUUACUUAAGAGAAGUUUUGCCACGGUUCUGUUUGGACCUGGCGGUUCUGUUCAGGUAUGAAUGGUCAAGUGAUCUCUGGGCAUGUAAGCGGCAAGCCUUUCUAGCCUGAUUUGGGUCUGUAAAUGUUCUGCAUGUUAACUUGUUUGGUUCUGAUCCAGAGAGAGGUCAACUCGGUUCAGAAACUAGAAUGGUUCUGUACCUGAUGUCAGAACAGAUCCAAGAUCAGUCCAGAUCGAGAAACCAGUCCUGCAGCAUUUCCAUGUGGAGCUGGAAUUCAGCUUCUAAAGGCUCCCCUAAUCCAGGUUCACUCCAAACUGGUCCAGCAGAACCAGAACCAGAUAUAAGAUUGGAACUGAUCUGGCCAUCAGGGUUUCAACCUAGAUCUGAAUUUUACUGAUGUUUAUGAGGUGUUCCUGAAUGCACCAAUGCUGUAAGCUUAGAGAGUUGUGGAGUUUACAGAUCAACACGUGGUUCCUUAAACGCAUCGCAAAGUUUCUCAUUUACAGGAACAGAACCACAGGUUCUGGGUCCAGAACAGAACAGAGCUGCAGAGAAAACUCAGCCAAAGUCAGAAUGACGCUCCGGGUCGGAUCAGAGCUUCUGGCCCAGAUUGGGUGUUCUGGACAAAUCCGUGUGGUACUACACCCAGCCAUUGUUGGACUUUUAAGUUCUGUUGUGAUCAGUUUCGAUGUUCAGAUUUUUCCUGACCAGACUCAGACCUCGUCUGUUUAUUUUUAUGAACGGGUCAGAGGAAAUAUUUUGGCACUUUUAAGAUUUGAAUCAGAGAAUUGUUCAGACGAAGGCGCUGAGUCAUGAAACCUUGCCCUUUAGCUCCGCCCACCCACUGUGAUUAACCGCUCGCUGCCCUUCCUGCCAUAUUUUUGUGUAGGACUCAAUAUUCUGAUGAUAAAAUAGUUUUUAUUUCUAACAAGAGAUUUUAAACCUGUAAAUAGUUUUUGAUACAAGAGUCUAACAAAACAAAUUGUUUGCUGCUCCGUGUCGGAAUUUACAUGUGUUCUAACAAGUACACAUGCUAGAGUGUGGCUUUACAACAAACAUUGAUUCUGUAAAUAAGUUCAUUGAUUCCCAUCCCCCCAGUUGUAUUUUCACUGAAUGGCCAUAAGAUGGAGACAAACAGCUAUUUCCUAAAUAGAUUUUAUUGUUUAUCUGUGAUUCUAUCACGUUAUCUUCUCAAACCAUUUAUUUCCUAGUGUUUUCCCUCACUAGACAGCCCUUUACUACCUUUAUAGAACUGUUUUUAAAUGGCCACAAGAGGGCGACAGUUAUCCAGCAGAAGCCAAAGAGCAAAAGCCAGUCACUGCUUACUGAAUUCUCACUUCUUCACUUUGAUAUAAAAUUAUUAUAUUUAAACAUUUAUCAUGUGAUGGGUGUUUUCCACUGAUGGUAACGUCUCUGAGUAAAACUUCUGCUCAUCAAUGAACCACAGGGGGGAGGCCUCAAGAGGUGGCUGAAGCCUUAGACAUGAAAACAUAGAUGCCCCAUUGCUGUGGUACUCGCCCCGGUCCUGGAGAGCCAGCAUGUUUUCAUUUAUCUGCUCCAACACACCUAAUUUAGUGGUUGACUCACCUGUGCUGCAACUCGUAUGGCUCUUCAGAAGCUUGUUAAUCACCUGCUGAUUGACAUCAGGUGUGUUGAAGCAAAGUUAAAACUAAAACCUGCUGAAUACCGGCUCUCCAGGACCAGGACUGAGUACCGUGCUGGAGCGUUACAGCGUCACCGCCAUAUUGGAUGGGUUCCUCACUCCAAACCUAACUGAAGUCAACACAGUGUGACCUACAGUUGCAACAACCAGCAUGCUAUUGAAAACAGGAUUACUAUUGGCUUUUCUGGCUUACCUGAUGGGAUUUAAUGUUUUUAAUUAAAAAGCAUAAUAGUGUUUUUUUAGUUGCGGAAAUGCAUUCGUCAGUAGAAAUAAAUGCACAGGGGUGAAUGGAGACCCAUCCAAGAUGGCGGCCUGCUACUAAGGUUGCUCCAGUAGGCAGCGGCAAUCCACGAGGUGUGUCUACAUCCAUCUGUCUGGCUGAAGCAUAGACUGUAAAUACUGAAGCUGGGUGCUUGUGUAGAGAGGAAGGUGAUGUUCAGAGUCGCCCCCUGCAGGUCAGGGUUACUUUAAAUUGUCACUAAUUUGCUUCGAACUGGACGAACCAAUCAGGAUCCAGACAGGAUGAAAACAUCUCUGUUUCAGGUUUUCUUCGUCGCUCACGUUGUGUUUCUAAGAACAUACAAAUACUCCAAACAUUUAGUUUCUGUUUCUUUGUGUAUUUGCGUAAGCAAACCUGUAACAGGAAGUCAUGUUAGAUUAUUAUUUAGUUUUAUUGAUCAAAUCAGCCUGAAGUUUAGAAUCAGUCUGAUGGAAAAAAGUCUUUUUAUUUUUAGGCUUUUCCAAUGAUUGGCUGUCCAUCAGGUCAAACAAAAAUAAAUCCCAUAAUGCAACUGUCUCAGGUGUGUGUGCGUGUGCACUGACUAGGGAUCAAUUAAAGGCCAUAUUUCAUAUUUUUGUUAAUAUUUUGUACAUUAAUUUGUCUUGUUCAUAUUGUUUUUUUGUUUUGUUUCCAGAGAAAUACAUGAACAUAUUUGAAAAGGUGGAUUCCGUUUUUAUUCAGAUUUUUAUUGGAGCUGUGUGACAACCAGGGAAUGUCACCUGUUGUAAAAAUGAGUUUGUUUUUAAACCAGAGAUGCUCCUGAAGCUAACAGGAGAGAUUUUAUAAUAAACUGUAACAUGACUUUAUUUUACAGAAAAUAAACAAAAUGUUGCCGUUGA